GGAGAUCCUCUUCCCGCAAGCCGUUUUACCUCGCCACUAACCAGACCCCAGGCCGCCCUGUGGCUCCCGACGAUCCGGGCAGGCGCAUAUUUAGAUUGUCCAUCCACACGUUGAUAUCCUCGUCUUGCUUGCAGGACCACUGUUCUCUUUGACUCUGGCAGCCUACUCCUUGUCAGCACCGUCGCGCUACCAAUAUCACCCAAAGUACCUUUCUCUACACCACAGCACUUCAUCAUGCCUGCCAAGCAGAAAGCGCCCGUCUACGUCCUCGGCGUGGGCAUGACCAAGUUUGUCAAGCCCCGUGGCAAGAUCGACUACACCGAGCUCGGCUUCGAGGCCGGAGUCAAGGCCCUCAUCGAUGCUGGCAUCAACUAUGACGACGUCGAGCAGGGCAUUGCCUGCUACUGCUACGGCGACUCGACCUGCGGCCAGCGCGUCUUCUACCAGUUCGGCAUGACCCAGAUCCCCAUUGUCAACGUCAACAACAACUGCUCCACCGGCUCGACUGGCCUCGCCAUGGCCCGCAACACCAUCGCCUACGGCGGCGCUGACUGUGUCAUGGUUGUCGGCUUCGAGAAGAUGAUGCCCGGCUCCCUCCAGACCUUCUUCAACGACCGCGAGAACCCUACCGGCACCUCCGGCCGCAUGAUGGCCAUGACCCGCGGCGUCACCAACGCUCCCGGCGCCGCCCAGAUGUUCGGCAACGCUGGCCGCGAGUACAUGGAGAAGUACGGCGCCAAGCUCGAGGACUUUGCGGAGAUUGCCCGCAUCAACCACCUCCACUCCGGCAAGAACCCUUACUCGCAGUUCCAGGACGUCUACACCCUCGAGCAGGUCAUGAAGGCUCCCAUGAUCCACGAGCCCCUCACCAAGCUCCAGUGCUGCCCCACCUCUGACGGCGGUGCUGCUGCUAUUCUUGUCUCUCAGGACUUCCUCGACGCCCGUCCACACCUCAAGGAGAAUGCCAUCCUCGUUGCUGGCCAGUGCCUCGCCACUGACGCCCCCAGCUUGUUCUCUGAGAGCUCAAUCGACCUGAUGGGCUUCGAGAUGAGCAAGACGGCCUGCCAGACUGCUCUCAAGGAAGCUGGCAUCACCGCCAACGACGUCAGUGUCGUCGAGCUCCAUGACUGCUUCUCGGCCAACGAGAUGAUCACCAUUGAUGCUCUGGGCCUUUGUGCCCCUGGCAAGGCCCACGAGCUCGUCCGUGGGGGCAACAUCACCUACGGUGGCAAGUAUGUCAUCAACCCCUCUGGCGGUCUCAUCUCCAAGGGCCACCCUCUUGGUGCCACCGGCAUUGCCCAGUGCGCCGAGCUCGUCUGGCACUUGCGCGGCUGGGCCAACAACCGCGAGAAGGGCGACACCAAGUACUGCCUGCAGCACAACCUCGGCCUCGGUGGGGCCGUUGUGGUCACUGUCUACUCUCGGCCCGAUCGCAGUACCGCACCCAAGGUUGAUGACGCUACAGUGGCCAAGAAGAGCCACAUUGGCUACAACCCGGCCACGCAGGCCAAGGGCUUUACCUCCGAACAGUGCAAGUCUGUAUUAUCCAAGGGCAAGUUCAGCGCCUGGGCUCUCCAGGACACACGGGAGAAGGUCGAGGCUCGCUUCUAAGUGGUAUUCUUGUUUUUUUUAAACUGCUGCUCAAUCGCGCGGAUGACGAAUACCUGGACGUGCGCACUUUGUAUAUAUGUACUUGCUAUCUUUGUUGUUGUUUGUUCAGCGCGCACAAAAACUUGCCAUGCUAGGAAUUUCUGGCUAGGAUGAAGAGAAAUGAGUACGAAAUCUGUUUGAUAAUCAUAAGACGGAACACCGACGUUCUCAUCUGAAUAGUCUGCAUGUGGCGCGAGUGCAUAGUCCCAGUCGCAAUCUAAUCAGCCGCAAAUACGCGAAGCUGCCACAUGGCG